AUGGUAAAUCAAACAGAGCCUAAUCUUUCGAAUGGAAAAUAUUUUGCUGCCACUACCUGUCCAGAAAAUGAAGAGACAAAAAACGCUUCAUGGAAAAAGAGAGAAGGAAAAUUUCUCUGGGAUUCGAAAGAGCAAGGAUUGAUACUUGGAAUCGGAUUCUUUGGAUUCUCUCUUGCUGCCAUUCCAGUUUCAAGACUCGUCAGGACCUUCCAAGCAAGACGAGUGACGCUCUUCGGUAGCCUAUUGUCCAGCGUUACGACUUUGUUGUGUCCUGUAGCAUCCGAGUUUCAUGUAAAUGCAAUGAUAGUUGUUCAGUUUAUUAGAGGUAUUGGGCAAGGCCUCCUCUUUCUGUCGCUGUUCGCCCUCAUGGCAAACUGGUUCCAUCCGAAUGAAAGGGGACUUUUGUCUACAAUAGUAAUUUCUGGGUAUUCCAUAGGCUCAAUGUUUGCAGCUGCUAUCUCUGGAUUCAUAUGUGAUACACCAGAACUUGGGUGGCCUGCAGUAUUUUAUGUAAUCGGUGGAAUUGGAGUCUUUCAAGCUAUUCUCGUUAUUGCUUUACUUCAUGAAACUCCUCAGGAGCAUCCGAAAAUUUCUCUCGACGAGCUUCUCUACUUAACCGACGAUGAGAAGAAGAGUGCAUCAAAUAAAGUGAGAGACUUCUAA